AUGAAGACCGCCGCAACCAUCAUCAUCCUCGCCAUCCAGGCCCUCGGGGCCUUCACCGCCACCGCCGCCAGCCCCGCAGACCUUCCCCUAGGGAUCGAAGUGAUCGAGGACAGCCCCGGUAACCUCGUCGUUCGUGAGGUGUCUUCCAACUCCAACCCUCUGCAGAAGAGGUGCCGUGAGUGCGUGCACCUCGCCGGCAAGUGCACCAUCGGUCACGGCAGCUGCUACGCCCGCGAAAAGGCGAGCUGCACCUGGUGCGGCGACAAGUGCGGAUCCAUCUGCGUCAUGAGUGGCACCAAGUGUUCUGACUGGUGCAGCAAGUAGAAUGGAGUUGGAAACUGGG